AUCCAACAUCAGCUCGGGCCUGAAGCCACGCGAGGGGUGGGUGUACGCGUGUGACGUCACAGGGUCCAUUCAUGCCUCCCUCAUCGCAGUGUCGCGCGCCUCGCCCUUCUUCUCACACCCCACCUUUAAACCGGAGCGGCUUCAUAAGUGAAAGAAAAGCGUCAAACCGGGACUUAAGUGCGGACUGAACGAGUCAGUGUGGUCGGUCAAACACGGGAUCCGGUCUUCUGCACAGCGGGAGCAGGUUAAAGUCGAAAGGAAACACGUCCAGCUGUGCUCUCAUCCAACACCUGGCUGGACAGUGUGUCAGACCUCUCACCCGAGUUUGUGGUGGACAGACGACAAACCCACAAGGGAUGGCAGCAGACAACCACCUAAGGACACGUUUGUGAUCCUUUUUUGGCACCAGACACAUUUUUAAUUAGGUCCACUCAGCCUCCAGCCACAAUGAAUUCAGAUGACGACCCGUGCCAUAGCAAGCACCACAUCGACGCCUCCAAAAGCCCGCUCAUCAGUGCCAUCAUGUUCGCGAUGGGGAUCUUCGGCAAUGUAGCGUCACUGGUGAUCCUGGAAAUCCGACGACGCAGAGAAACAAGUACAGGGGGGAAAUCGCAGCGCUCUCUGUUUCACGUGCUCAUCACUUCGCUGGUGGUCACGGACUUGGCAGGGACUUGCCUGAUCAGCCCGCUGGUGCAGCUGGCGUACUCACGAAACACUACCAUGGUGGGGAUGUCACCAGAAAACAACAGUGUGUGCGAGUACUUUGGCGUCAGCAUGACCUUCUUCAGUCUGGCCACCAUGUCGCUUCUCUUUGCGAUGGCAUUAGAGAGAUGCUUUGCCAUCGGAUAUCCGUAUCUGUACAGCCGGCAUGUCACCAAGAAAUGUGCCUACAUCACAAUCCCAGUGGUGUUUAUGAUAUGUAUGGCAUUCUGUCUCCUUCCGUUCGUGGGGUUUGGCAAAUACGUGCAGUACUGUCCCGGCACGUGGUGCUUCAUCGACAUGAACCCACGGCAGAGUGAGGACAGAGUCUACCCCAACCUCUAUGCCACCAUCAUGCUGGUGCUGGUGCUGGCCAUUGCGAUGUGCAACGGUUUUGUGGUGUUCCAGCUUUUCAAGAUGUACAAACGGCGGAAAAGGAACAGCGGCUCAAGCGCCCGAUCCAUCCAUGACCGCAGGACGAUGUCCAUCGCCAAGGAGGUGGAUCAUCUCAUCCUACUGGUCUUCAUGACCAUCAUCUUCAUCAUCUGCACACUGCCCCUAGUGAUCCGGGUGUACAUCAACUCCACAGGGACCCGUGUUGAGUCUCACCCGCUGGACCUAAUUGCACUGCGCUUCAUCUCCAUCAACUCAAUCAUUGACCCCUGGGUCUUCAUCCUGCUCUCCCCCAGCGUGCUGCACUUUUGCUGGACCACGGCCUGCCACACUCCCCUUGGAAGCUCGAGGGGUUCCGUUUUCAAAUCAUCAAUAGCAAAAGAGAAUGCCAAUAACAUACAGCUGUCCCACACAAAACUGGACUACAAUACCAACUUACACAGUGCGGAAAAUGUAUGACCACCAUAAGACAUUUUAUUUUAAUAUUUAUAUUUAUUUGACACAUGAAUGGACGGAGGGUCCUCUUUGGUGAUCACAUGAAGUGGAGAGGCCUCGAGUGAACGGCAUCUACACCCGUGUGUGAUGUUUUUAUCUUUAUUGUGGGGUGUAUUUGAUGAGAUAAGAAACCCUUUCAUUUUCUCUGAUAAGCACCUAUCAAGUAUGUCAGGUGAAGGCCAACCACUUCUAGCAUAUCAGCCAAUUCAGUGCAUGCUGAAUGUAUACUGAACUUCCCUAAUUAAGUAUACAGUCUCAACAGUUUUCUCUUGUGCUGCUUCUAUUGUAUGCCAAAGUGCAAGUGGGUUUUCUCUUCAUUGUACCAAGACUCAAAAGGUUCGAGAUGUGACAGAAUUCAAUUCUUCCAUCACCAUGGACAGAUUAUUGAGGGAGUAACCUUUGAUCUAGGAAGAUGAAGGAAGGAAGAUGUGAUAUAGCCUUUUUUGGAGAUGACUUCUCUGAUUUAAAUGCUGCUCAAACUGUUGUGCAACAGUUCUGAUAAUGGUCAAAAGCCAAGAGGUGACCCAUGUUCACCUGCCAUUAGCAUGCCAUUGCAUAGAAAUUGAUAUCAAUUUAAAGCGGUAUGAACAAAUGCCCACUACAAUCAAACCAUGACUUCACACAAUGCUGAUUAAUUCUUAUCAGCUCCUCAAGACUUUGUGUUUUCCAAUACAGCAGUAUUUUGCCUGGUGACAUUUCCACGCUGCACACAGGAAGUGAUUUGUUUUAUGUCAGGACAGAUGGAGGCAACAGUAACAGUGUGACAGUAAAGUGAGUAUGACUGAAAAUAGAAAGAAAGCGUCCACGAAAAGUUUCAGAAGAGAAUUCUACUGUUUCAAAGACCCAGACGUUGUCCCCACCCGUCCCUGUACUGCCAGUGUAUACACACAAACGCUCCCUCAGUCAGGUCUGAAAGUAUUGCUUGACAGAGCCCAUUUUCAGAUGAAGGACACGGCAUACAAAUGUUAUGUUAAAUGUUAUAGACAGAGAUAGAACAACAACGACAUCCUCUUUUAAAUCCCAUACGCAGACAUGAGAUGUCUGAAGCAUACGCUCGUAUAAUCCACAGAAAUGUAUGUAAAUAACGAAGGCAUUACUUUCUCUUCUGAACUCUUAAGUCAUUAUGUGUCAUCGUCCCGUGACCCACUUUCUCACACUUGGAGCUUCUUAACCUCUGGUCUGCUUUGAUAACCCCUCCCAUCACUUUCCCAAAUUCCUGCUGGAAAGGUCAAAGGGCAGAAACCCUGACGCCAGAUAGGAAAUGAUAGUAAAUACAGGAAAAUGUGACUGUAUUUUAGAAUUAUUACUGAAUAUCAGUAUAUCUACUGAAUAGCAUGAAGAUAUACUAUAAAAACCUCACAUGAGACUGCAGUUCAUUUUGACUCAGUCUCACUUUACACUACAGUUACUCUCUGUAGUAAGUAAAUUGUGCUAUUUUUUGAAGUUACAAUCCAAUAUUUGGCAUUAAAUUGUAUUUAAGUAUAAACUUAAGUUUCUUAUUUCCCCCUAUAGGCUGGGGUUAAAAGUGAAGCUGCCCCAUGAAGGUUUUUAGGAAAGCAGUUUACAUUCAGUGUCACUCACUGGAGACCAGGCAGUUCAUUGCUUUCCCCGUGUCCUUGUGAACGUAAAGGAUAGAAACAACAAAAACAUUUGACCCCUAGCACUAGUGUUCAGAAGCUCUACAGGGUCAUUUCAAUGUUUAUAAUUGUCGAAUUAAUACUGUUUUAAAUGAUGUUCUAACGCGGACAUACAUAAUUAGUCCACCAAGCUGAAAAUGAAUGCAGUCUAAUACAAUAAUUGUAAUAAUAAACCUUUCACCUAACAGUGUUAGGCAAGCCACUCCAAACAUCAUGAACUGCAGCCUCAAAAAUGGCCUUGAAGUUGCAUUAUGGUCUGUCUAGACCUGUUUCAGCACAUACUGUACAACAUUGUGAUGUCAUAGUCAGCAUUAAUCUUUAUUACUCUAAAAAAAACACCAUUGCUUGUGCCACAGAGUAAGCAGACAUGUCCUUACACCUUAACAUAUUUCUGUCUUUCUUCUUGGGAGGUAUUUUGCUCAAUCACACUGACAUUUGGAAAAAACUAUAAAAACAGUGCCCUUAAUGUUUAUACUCAGCUUUUACUACUUAAGUGCCAUUAGAGCUGCAUUAGCUUUAUAAGGGGACAUCUUAAAGUGUCAUUUUUACUUGAUGUGUACUUGAGAUUGUUCAUGUCGGACAAAGCUUGCACAGCUCACGUAAAAACAUCAUGGAGAUCACAGUUUUUGAUCAUGUCCUCAUGCUGAUUGUUCAAGCAAGUUCAAAUACCAACUGAAACAAGGUAUAUAAAAAAACAACAAUCCUUGGCCCUCCAUAGGACUCUACCAGUCAGUAUUAGAGCAGAGAGUUACACGUGUUAGAUUCCUACUGGCUUAAAGUACACAACACUAUGGGGAAUUGUAACUAUUACUGCAUCUCUUUCUUUCCUUUUAAAGAAUUAAAUCCAAACUGUCUGGCAAGGAAAUAGGCUGCUACAGAUUUUCACAGGAUCUUGGUUCACAAGGGUUUCAAACAUAAAACAAACAAACAAACAAAC